AUGAAUCAAAAAUCUGCUCGUCGAUUUGUUUUGUCAUCAAUUUUACUUAGUUUACUAGCAUUUAUUUUUAAUGUAAUUGCCCUUCUAUCACCCUAUUGGAAAUCUGUUCAUUUACACGAACAACAAAAUUUGCAAAUCGUCGAUGAUCAUAUUGAUCCUCUGAUUCGUGCUGAAGUUGAAAAAUUCUUUGAUGUAAUGUAUCAUAGUGAUACGCAUUAUUUCGGUUUCUAUAAACAUUGUACUCGAUCAACAAAAUCAUCUACAACUAAACAAACAAAAUGUGGUCAUAAUUAUGUACCAGUGUUUAAUGAUGCUGAUUUUGAAAUAUGUCAUAGUGUUGAACGUCAUCAUUAUUGUAUAUUUCACGCGUUAUCGUUCGAUGACAAUGAAUUAUCACAAAAAUCUCUAUCAAAAUGUCAAUGUAGUUCACCCAGUUAUAUAUCUGUAUCAAAGAUGCUACUAACAUUGGCAGUCAUUGUCUUAUCAGUUUGUAUUCUAGUCAAUAUUUUACGUUUAUUGAAUAUGAGACGAAAAUUAUUCGUUAAUGAUAUGCAACUUCGUCUAUUAUCAAUUAUUUGUUCACUUUUUAUUCUUUUAUUUUCAAUUAUUAUCUUAGCAUAUCAACAUUCAAAUAAAAAAUACGAAACAUUAGAAUUUUUUGAUUCAUUAAGGCGACAUUAUUCACAAAUACAAAUAUAUAAAUUUAGUAGUCAUUUAACAACAAUUAUUGAACGUUUUGAACAGAUACUCGUUAUUAAAUUAGGUUCAUCAUUUACGUUAGCUACAUUAGCAUUAUUAUUUACGUUUAUCGCAUUUUUAUCAUCAGCUAUGGUAGAAAUAAAAACGUCAAAGCUAACAUCAACAAAUACAAACAGUAAACUAAGUGAAUACCAAACGAAUAAUCAGACAGCCUUUAUUAAUCAUAUAACAUCGGAUCAUAAUCACACUAUUUCAACUUAUAUGCCACAAAUUGUAUAUUCUAAACAAACGAAAGUGUAG